AACCAAAAAAUCGAGAUUAUUUGUAAACAAAUAUAAAACUGGAAAACGCAAAGAGAAAUGGAAGCAAAGAAACAACAACUGGAACAGCUGCUCACGGAACUGGAUCCAGCGGUUGAGUGUGACCAGCUGGCGCAAACAUUUAAAGCACACUUCCAGAGGAGAGGCAAAGGAAAUGGCAACCUGGCAGAUUUUGCCAUAUACUUUUUGGCUGCACUGCGUCAACAGACGGAAGUGCAUUUUAGGCAUGGAAGUAACAACAACGAAACGGAAACAAGCAAAUGUCAAACGCCAGUGCGACAGGUCAGAUUAAAGCAGGAGCAGGAUUUAAAUGAAUCACAGCUGAGUCAAUUGAGUCUACUGAGUAAUUCAAGUGUUACCAGCAUAUCGAUACCAAUUCAGCAACAAGGACGUUGUUCCAGUGGCCAGCAGCAAUUUAGUAGUACACCCAAUCGAAGUGGAGGAGGAGGAGGAACAUUCAAAGGUGGAGGAGCAGGAGGGGGAGUUAAAUUAAGAGCAGGAUACAGUGGAGGAGGAGGCAGUGGAAGAGUAGGAGGCAGUGGAAGAGGAGGAGCAGCCACACCCCAUCGAAGUGGUGAGGGAGUAGGAAGCAAUACUGGCGGAGCAGGUAACGGAGGAGGAGCAGCUUCAGCUGGAGGAAGUAGUUUUUGUCUGGGCGACUUCUUACAUAACUCCUCUACGCCCAAUUCCAGCCAGCAGCGUUCGAAGAAGAAGCAGACGACUCCACAGGAACACAGUGGCAACAGCAAAUCCCAAAAGCCAAUGCGCCGCGUUGUGCCCACAACGCUAAGCAAGAAUGUCUCCUCCAGCAGCAAUCUGUCCUUCGGGGACACCAGCUCGUUUAGCCAGGAGAACAAUUUGUGGCGUCUGUCGCAGAGCGCGGAGCUCGUGGAGCGCAGUCAGAGUGUUGCACUGGAGCAGGAGGCACGCAAAUGUCUAAGACUGCAUCGCCAGGAGCUUAAAAAUGAGGCGCCAGUGGAGCAGGACAGGGAGAGAGAAAGUGAGAGGGAGAAGGAGUGGGAACAGGAAAGAGAUGUCAUGGUCAGCCUGAAGCAUGUGAAUCAAGCGAGGCGAUUGGAAUUGCUUGCUGUCAUCUAUGGUCAACUGUUGGAUCUGAAUCUGGUGCCCAAUGUGUUGAGUGAGAUUAGCUAUGCGCUGCAGUUGCUCAAUAUACAGCAGGGCAUGAAAACAGAGACGGAGAUGGAUAACCAAGUAGAGCCACUCUCGGUGCUCGCCCUGCACAAGGAGUGCAUUUAUUUUGCCGUUAAACUCUUGGAACAGCAAUCCAAACUCCUACUCGAAUUGGAUCGUAAAACUUUAGCUGUACUCCUACAGCACGAGAGGAUCUCACUGUUAACGGAGCAACUGCAGCAGCAGUUGCAGCAGGCCUACAGAGAUAAAAGAGAGACAUCGACUACAGCUGAGAUUUGUCCAACUCCUCCUAGUCAGGCACAGAAUAAUGUUUACUAUCAACAUGACAAGGAUUCCCGCGAUAAUUUUCCCAGUCAAAAUGAAUUUGCUGCUUUUAAAACGCAGCGUGAUCUCUUCUACAAAUCCCUCAAGCACUGGGAGCAAACCCAUCUCAAUCGUCAGUUCCACUUUGGCCGGGAUGUGACUCCUUUGGUGCGGGACAUCUUUAAGCAAUCGGAGCAUGUGGUGAAUAUGUCUCAUUUGGCCAAGCUCUGCGUUAGUCAGCUGCUCAUGACCAGCAAUGAGACGCACGAAUCACCCGAGGAACUGGGCCUGAAACUGGAUCAACAGCGUCUCAAUCGACUCGCUCAACGAUUGGUCACCAGCAAUUCGAGUGUGGAGGACUCCUUUCCACGUACGCAGGCCUUUUUCCGGGAUUUCAUUGGUGAAUGUGGCUCCUGGGCGUUUCUGGUGCAGAUCCAGCUAGCGUUGUAUGUGCAGCUGCUGCGGCACAAUGAUUCCAGUUUUGAAUUGGUGCCACUACUGCAAUUUAAUGAGCACGAAGCGGAGGAGGAGGAGCUGCUGCUCCUGGCUACGCCUCCUUGUUACAUUGUGAGAGCUCAGGCGCUGGCAGAGAUGCUGCUGCUGGCCAAGUUCCUGGGUUAUGUUUGUGCCCUGCCCUACAAUCGAUCACAACUUGUCCACGUGUGUCCACAGCAGUUGCAGCUGCGUCGUCAAUUCCAGCCUCCGUUUGAGAUGAGUUCGCAUUUGGAGCGCGCCAUGCGACAGGGGAAACUGCUGAUUACUCUGCCUUGGCUGGUGCAAUACUUGGCCAUGUUGGAUGUGGUUACGCUGCAGUUGCCUGGCAGUUUGGCCACGUUGGAGUUGCUCUAUGCGUUGUAUGGCAGGAUGACUAUUCGGGAUUUGCAGCCUUGUGCGGGUUUGAUUGUGCGCAGUUGUUUGGGUUGGUUACUGGAAGCGCAGCCAGGGAUUAGCACGGGCUACUAUGUGCACAGGACAGGAGAAGAGGGAGAUAGCGGAGAAGAUGGAGGAGGAAGAAGAACCGAUGGAGUAGAAGGUGAAGAAGAAGAAAGUGGAGGAGGUUCAGGACGAAGAGCAGAAUCAGUUAGAGGAGGAGCAGGAAGAGGAGGACAAGAUGGAGGUGGAGGAACUGGAGGAAAACAAAUAGUAAGAGGAGGAGAUGUGGGAGUAUUAGGUGGAGGAGGAGCAGCAGGAAUUGGAGCAGGAGCAGAAGUGAGAGGAGGAUCAGGUAGAGAAGUAGUAACAGAAGUAAUUGGAGAUGGGGCAGGAGGAGGAGCAGAUAGACAAGAAGCAGAUGGAGAUAGAGGAGUAGUAGCAAUAGAAGAAGGAGUCGGAAGAGGUAGAGGAAGAGAGGUAGCAGAAAGUAGAGCAGCAGAAGCAGAUCAGGAAGAAGGAGGACUAGCAGCAGUAUCAGCAGGUGCAGGAGCUGAAAGAGGACAAGUAACAGUAGAUAGAGAAGAAGCAGCAGGAGCAGCAACAGGAGCAACUGCGACUCUAAUCACCGAUUGCCUGCAUAGUCUGCGCUUCUCGGACAAGGGCAAAGCAGCCUCAAUGCUGGAGCAGCUGCUGCCCGUGGCGUGUCCCUUUCUGCACGAGUUUCGCGUGUCCAUCGCCCCAUCGCAACAGCGCCCGGCACAGGCGCGCAAUGGUCGCUAUCGCUAUAUAACCACCCGACUGGAGCAGCUCAAUCAACCCGAGGGAGCCCAAUCCGGCGAGCAAUCCCAGCCAGCCUCAUCAGUCCAUCCUCAGCAGACACAGCACAAACUAAACGAAGCCUUUCUUCACUCGCAGAACGCAUCGAUGCGUCGCCUGCUGGAGUUCGUGACGGAGCGCAGUUUCAAAUGUGUCGUCAAGGAUGCCCAGCAACAGAUCCUGCUCCCAUCCAAAGCAGCCGCCGAUGCCCAGGUGAAUGGAAUCCAAUCGAUGCAGCAGUCCGAGGUGCAGCGGGAUUUGCAAAGCAUCUAUCAACAGGCACGCAGUAAAGCAACCAAGCAAUGGAUGGAGCUGGUGCCCGGCAUGUUGGAGCAGCGCAUUGAGCAAUCUUUGCUAGCUUUGCUCCCAGCAAAUACCCCUGAGAUACUGCGACGCACCUAUGCUCAUCUCAUCAGGGAACCGGCACGUGUCCAACUCCAACAAUGGCUUCAAGCGAGCGUUUUGCAAUCGAAUUUCUAUCACGGAGAUCUGCAGGAUGUGGCCAGCAAGGUGUGUCGUGUGAAUAGAGCAACUGCAUCCGCCUCCUCCACUGACCCUUCCCCGACUGUACCCGACUCGAAUGAGUUGUGCCUCCCAGCAAAUGUGAAUCUCUCCCAGCUCCUGUACGAACUACAGCAAUGGGUGCACUGCCUCAGUUUGCGACCCGAGCAUCUCCCUCAACUUCCCCAGCUUCAACCACUUGUGGAAUCGACAAGGGAAGCUGUGCAUCUACCCCAAUUGCCGAGCUACUUGUAUCAAGUUCUGGGCUCCAUUUUGGUGCGUUUGCUGCAGUUGCUCAUCUGUCGACAGCCACAGCUGAUCAACCCAGCGCUAAUAUUCGCCAGCUGUGAGGUUUGGCUGGCACCUCAGCUGCGUGGAAUGCCAGAUUUAUUCGAGUCUUUGCUGAGUGUGGGAUUUGUGAGGGAACUCAGUUCCAAUCCUGGCCGGUUUGGUUUAUUGCAUCAACUGCUGAGUUCCAUGCUGGAGAUGCGCAUCGUGCGCCUGGAUGAACUGAAUCAGUGGUUUAUGCUGCUCUUCAAGGAGAUUUGGCCAGCGCCCGUUUGGACAAAUCUUUCCCAGCUUCUACAGCAAUUAUCCCAAUCCCACACUGAAUCUCAAACCCAAUCCGAUGACAAUUUCCUCGACGAUCCCAAGUCGCAUUUGUUUAUGGAAUUGCUGGCGGAUCUAUCGAGGGAUUUGGAUUUUUAAGCUCAGCAGAAACAAUCAAUUAUGUCAUUCGCAUUUAUCGCUAGAAUGUAGAAAGAAAUAUUAUAUAUCUAUUUUUGCAUAUAUUUGUACUCUUUUAUAUUUGUAUUUUUACCUUUUAAUAAAAGCACUCUAUUUUUUGCAAGGAAUUUAAAAA